AUGCGUAAAUUACGCUACCCGCUGGAUAAGUUGCUGCUAACCGGAAGUGCGUUCCAGUGGACUACCGAAUGCCAAAAAGUCUUCGAACAAUUUAAAGACCUUUUAUCCACGGAACUCUUACUCACCCAUUACGACCCAAAGCGCGACAUAGUUGUGUCCGCCGAUGCAUCUUCGGUUGGUUUAGGAGCAACACUAUGCCACAAGUACCCGGACGGAUCUAUGAAUGUGGUUCAGCACGCAUCCAGAGCGCUCAGCAAAGCAGAAUUUGGUUACAGCCAAAUCGAUAGGGAGGGACUAGCAAUAGUUUUUGCUGUAACCAAAUUUCACCGCAUGAUUUACGGUCGUCAUUUCACGCUGCAGACUGACCACCGACCACUAGUCCGCAUAUUCGGCAGUAAGAAGGGUAUUCCUACAUACACAGCAAAUCGGCUGCAAAGGUUUGCGCUAACCCUUCAGCUGUACGACAUGGAUAUUGAGUACGUACCAACUGGCUCAUUCGGAAAUGCCGAUGUAUUAUCUCGUCUGAUACAACACCACGCGAAACCUGAAGCCGAAUACGUGAUCGCCUGGCGUAGAGUUCACAUCGACUACGCUGGGCCAUUUGAAGGGUUUUAUUUUUUAGUCGUGGUUGACGCUUUUUCCAAGUGGUCGGUAGUCUAUAAAUCACCAGGUACAACCACUUCUGCCACCAUCGCCAUGUUGCGUAAUAUAUUUGCUCGCUUCGGUAUGCCGGAAACACUGGUUAGUGACAAUGGUCCCCAAUUUACAAGUAGCCUCUUUGCGGAAUUCUGCAACAGUAACGGGAUCGAGCACAUUACCACAGCACCAUUCCAUCCGCAAUCGAACGGACAGGCAGAGCGUUUCGUUGAUACGUUGAAACGAGCACUGCGGAAGAUCCAGAGUGAUGAAACAUCCCUUGAUGAGGCGCUGGAGCUUUUCCUUAUAUCGUACCGAUCGACUCCAAAUGCUCAGUUGAGCCAGCAGAAAACUCCAGCAGAGGAAAUGUUCGGUCGCCCCAUCAGGACAGCAUUGGAGCUGUUGCGGCCCCCUUCAUCACACUCACUAUCUUCUUCCUCAUCAAUUUUAGUUCGAAGCUUUCAGCCAGGCGAGCCAGUUUCAACAAAAUCCUUCCACGGUAACUCGUGGAAGUAG